AAAGUUGGGAGGAAAUAGCCCAGGAAAAGUGACACUCGCGGAGCCUGCCGGAGCGCGGAGGAAAUAAAAGCGGCGGCGGGCAGGAAGUGUGAGGAGGAGGAGGAGGAGGAAGGGGAGAAGAAGGAGGCGGAGGAGGAGGAAAAAGAAGAAGAAGAAACAGCAGCAGCCGCUGCCGCCGCGGCAGAAAAGAAAGCAAAAGCCGCCCGAGGGCUCGGAGCCGGCGGCGCGGCAUCCGCGGGGCUGCGCGGAGCAGCCAUGGCCCGGGAGAACGGGGACGGCGGCGGCUCCUGGAAGAAGCAGGCGGAGGACAUCAAGAAGAUCUUCGAGUUCAAGGAGACGCUGGGGACGGGUGCGUUCUCCGAAGUUGUUUUGGCUGAAGAGAGAGCGAGUGGGAAACUCUUUGCAGUCAAAUGUAUUCCCAAGAAGGCACUGAAGGGAAAGGAAAGCAGCAUAGAGAAUGAAAUUGCAGUGCUGAGAAAGAUCAAGCAUGAAAAUAUAGUUGCCCUGGAAGACAUCUAUGAGAGCCCGAACCAUUUAUAUCUGGUCAUGCAGUUAGUGUCUGGAGGAGAGCUCUUUGACCGCAUCGUCGAGAAAGGGUUCUACACGGAGAAGGAUGCCAGCACCCUGAUCCGGCAGGUCCUGGACGCUGUGUACUACCUGCACCGCAUGGGCAUCGUGCACAGGGACCUCAAGCCUGAGAACCUGCUUUACUACAGCCAGGAUGAAGAGUCAAAAAUCAUGAUCAGUGACUUCGGGUUGUCGAAGAUGGAGGGUAAAGGAGACGUGAUGUCCACAGCCUGCGGAACUCCUGGCUAUGUCGCUCCUGAAGUGUUGGCCCAGAAGCCCUACAGCAAAGCCGUGGACUGCUGGUCCAUUGGGGUCAUUGCCUACAUCCUGCUCUGUGGAUACCCCCCUUUCUAUGAUGAAAACGACUCCAAACUCUUUGAGCAGAUCCUUAAGGCAGAGUAUGAGUUUGACUCUCCGUACUGGGAUGACAUCUCCGAGUCUGCUAAAGACUUCAUUCGGAAUUUGAUGGAGAAGGACCCUAAUAAAAGAUACACCUGUGAGCAAGCAGCACGGCACCCUUGGAUUGCUGGUGAUACAGCACUCAACAAAAACAUCCACGAGUCGGUCAGCGCUCAGAUCCGGAAGAACUUUGCGAAAAGCAAAUGGAGACAAGCGUUCAAUGCCACGGCAGUCGUGCGGCACAUGAGGCGGCUACACCUUGGCAGCAGCCUGGACAGUGCCAGUGCCAGCGUGUCCAGCACCCUCAGCCUCGCCACGCCGCUCCCCGACGCAGCCACACGGAAAGAUUGUAUGUCUCCAUCCACUCUCUGUAGUUUUGUUUCAUCUGCUUCUUCAGGCGUUUCUGCGGUAGGAGGGGACCGGAGACCCAGACCCACCACAGUGACCACAGUGCACACAGGGAGCAAGUGAGCGCCGGAGCGGCGAGGAGUGGGCAGGCGGCAGGGCUGGCAGGCGGCCUCGGUGCCGUCCCACCCUGCUCGGCGAAGGACUAGAAGAAAGAAGAUUUUUUAUGGCCAUAUUUUAUACUGCAAUUCUGAAAUGUUUCAUUUAUCACAAACUGCAAUGACUCCAGGAGGAACGGAAUCUAACAGUCUCUGGUGCUGUACAUAUAUAUAUACAUAUAUAUAUAUAUAAAAAUAUAUAUAUGUAUGUGAGUCUAGCAAUGUUCUAACUAAUGAACACUCAUUCUUUCCCCCAGUGAUUUACUCUUUUCUCAGUGUAGGUAACAGUAUAUGUUGUAUUUUUUCCCAUUAACUACAAACAUCUCAACUGGAUUAUUUAAAUAGAAAUACUUUCUGAGCAUUAUUUUUUUUUCUUUUAAAAAUUACUUCAAGUAAUGUCCCUCUUCCAGUUUGCUGAGGGAUAGGCUAUUUCUGUAGGUAGGAAUUGGCGUUAACUUUGCAACAUGGGAGGAUUUCAAUGGCAUGCCAUUUCUUGCUCCUCAAAUUGGACUGCAAGUCUGUCUGGCUUUAGCAGAGCUGUUACUGCUCAGAUUAUGAAACUGCUGCUUUCCCCUCCAUCCUCCUCCUUGAAAGCCAUGGGGAGAAUUAAAUUGCCACCGUUUGGGAGUCAGCUCAUCCUUGGCCGCAUUCCCAUGGUGCUGGGGAUCAGCACCCUUGUUUCAGAGGAGAGGCAGGUGCACAGUGUCAGGCAGGAGCUGACCAGAGCUGUGCAAGGGAAAUGACAGAGCAUGGUCUCAUCCUGCAGCUGCCAUCUCCUUCGAGUCGCUGUGUGUUGUGAGCAGAGGGAAAGAAAAGGAAGACAUGGGGCUGGGAAUCGUCGUCCUCUGCCACUGACUUGCUGUGCUGCCCUCAAGCAAGACAUUUAAUUCACCAGCCUCUGCACAGUGUGGCCUCUGGCAUGGGAUGCAUCCAGCCCAAGGGCUUCAUGGCAGAGGUGCUGAGCACCCACAACUCCUCAGGACUUUGCCUGGCAUUGCUGAUGCUCAGCACCUCCCAGAGUGGCCAGAAGUGGGGAGAGGAGAGGCGUGAACCCCUCUGUAAAGCACUGGCAGGAUCUGGUGUAGUAGCCCCAUUAUGCUUGGGCUGAGGGUUGACAAGGAGCACUGAGCUGGGAAAGCAGGACCUCACUGAAAGGCACAGGCAGUGGGGGCAGUGGUGGCGCUGGCUCUCCCUUCUCCCCAGGAGCUCAUACACCAAAGCAAGCCCAGUUUUCCCAUUUUUUAAUUACUGAAAGCAUACACUUCCCAGGCUCUUUGUGCUGGUGCAUCACACAGGAACAGCCACCAUGACUGUUGUGCUGCUGUGCAUUAAAGCAGCUUGAAACAGACACGAGAGCAAAUUUGCCCAGAUUUGCUAAAGGACUCCCUCCAGGUUACCUCAAUGAAAUUCCCAUCUGUGAUUUUGCUUCAAGGAGGUGAGAAGGGAGGCAGGUGGCAGAGGCAGAUGCCCUUCACUGGGCACUCUAAGGCCCUCACAUCCCAGGUAGGUCCAUCCCUGCCAGAGGCACAGUUCCCUGCAGCGUGCUCUGUUGCCACUCUUGCCUCAUUUAUUCUGCACAAGAAAUUGUGAAAGCCAGUCAGGGACAGAGCUGAAUGUAUCAGGCAAUAGUGCCUGUGCUGGGAAAAGCUAUAAGAUAAGUAUUUUUCAUUGAGCCUUCUGUGUCCUUCUCCAGCUUUAGCUGGUUGGCUUCAGCCAGCAGAGUCGGGAUUUCAUCCAUCGUACUAAAAAGAAAGCUGGGGAAAAAAAGCUGGAAAAGCAGGUGGCAGUGAGCACUGACUCUGAUUGAAACAGCCACUCCUUCAGUGGCACUUAGAGCUGUUGCACCAGAUCUCUAGUUUCCUCUGUGUUAAGCUGCUCCCUGUUUUCAGAGGGCUGUGGCACAUCUGAGUGACGCCCUGGGAACCCCGGUGCACCCACUGUGCUGCAGCUGGCAUGGAUGCUCACACUGAAAAGGCUUUCACUCCAAUUUCUCAUUUUAGGAAAGAGAGCAGAUAGUGAACUGCUGGGGGCUUAUAGCAAAACUCCACAUGAUUUCCACAGUGAAGAUUUCUGACCAAGAUUUGGGCAGACUGAAGGGCAGGGGAUCUCCUUGCUGCAAGUCACACUCCUGUCCCCAUCCACUUGCCACUGCCACCAUAUACUUUUUAUCAGCAUUUACAUCUGAGCUCUUUAUGUCUGCUGCAAAAGCAUCAAAACACGAAUAUAACACAAUUUAAACUCGGUCUAAGGCCACUUUAUUUUACCAGCCUGAGUAAGGAAGUUUUAGUUUUGAGACACUCCAACCCCAAGAAAUUCAAGGUUAUUUUGACUCCCCAUGAUUUCCUAAGCCCAGCUGGCCCUGUUCUGUUCCAGUUGCAGGUUGUAGAUAGACAGUCUCCCAGUUUGGCAUCAGUGGAGUUCCCCACAUUUACACACAUGCAACCAAAAGCAGGAUUUGGUUAGGGAAUAAUUUUGUCUUUGUAGAGCAGUUUUAAAGGUUAGGGCUCAAGUGUUCCCUCUGCACCUCCUCUUCUGAAACCUGAGGUCUGGUUUGAACUUGACCUCAGCAGUUGCUGUGGCCACUGAUUAAAAUACAGCAUUCAAAUGAAUCUUGCAGAAAAAAGAAAAGCAAAUGGAUUUCCAUCUCCAAAACAAAGAGCAGUGACGGGAGCAAAGGCAGACAUGCUGUCCUGCAGCUGGGGGUUCCCAUGCACUGGCUGUCCCUCCUUGCUGGAUGCUUUCUGUGGGUUUUUUUGUUGGGAGGGGUAUUCUUUCCUUCCAUUGUUGGAAUUAGUGUGAUUUGGUUUUGUUUCUGCAAGUAAUAUUCUGCCUUAGUUGUAUAAUUUAUCAUCCUUCUCUUCAGCUUGCUAUUAACUGCUGGGAUCUAAAGAUAAGAAACAGAAGCACUUAAGAAGAAAAUUGUUCCUUUCUGUUACAGUUUUGGUGGUGGGGAGCUCUUCUUUUGUAUCAGUCAAAACACAGCUGGAAACCUGACCGAGGUUCACCAAAUGCUUAGAGAUCUCUCCUGAAGCAUCACUUGGUUAAAACUUCUCAGUUUAAAUCUGGGUAAAUCUUUUAACGGGGGUGACUUGGCAGCACCCAGGCCAGAUUUCUGGGGGGGCUGGAGACAUUUGCCCCUUGGCAGCACAGCCUGAUAGGGCAAACACUCUAGCCUUGCUUGCCAGGGAUGCUCCAGUGCUUUUGCAUGUCCUUCCCCUGCCCCAGCCCACCUCUUCUCAGCCACUCUCACAGGAGAAUGCAAAUGUGGAGAAAUAAUGUGGGCAUGGGGAGAAAGCUUCAAAACAAAUCCCCAGCUGGCCUUGCCAUGAAGGACUAGGUAGAAAAAUCACUCUGGGCUCUUUUCCAAUGAACUGUCCUACUAAACAAUCUGUGAUUUUGCUGCUUGCAUGAGGACUUCAGCCUGGACUCUGUUUGUUACCCUUUUCUGCUUUGCUUUACUGAUACCGAUGUGUUUUUCCCUUGUAACUUGUUUUCCUCAGCUCCUUCCCCUUCUUUUUCUUUGCUUGCAGCUUUGAUUGUUGAUUUUUACCUCCAGAGUCACAGAGGCCAUCUCUGAUGCCAACAGCAGUGCUCUUGAUGGGAAAACAAAACAAAAAAAAUCCAGAAAAGCUCCAGCUGGCUCCUUAGCCUGCAGAAGAUGUUGUGAGGACAGGCUGCCCGUGAACUCUGUGAGCUGAAAGUCAGUAUUGCAGUGGCAGGGGCUUCUGCUGAUGAUUUUGCAUGUGACUUCAUUCCCAGUGCAUCCUAACUCUCUGCUGGAUCACCCCUCGUGCAGCACGAAAUGGAUAUUGGCCCUGCAGCACGGCUAGUGGGGAAGUAGGAGUGUGGGGAAAACCUGGCAGUGUUGCUUUCUUGAGACUGUCACUCUGCUGCUGCUGCUGUCUCCUCUGUCCUGGUUGCUGUUGUACAGGUGCCAUUAGAGUAGCGGGUAAAAAACAAAAAAGAGGUAGGAUUUUACCUUUGCCUUGUGUGUCUGUUAUGGUUGUGGUGCCGAAAUAAAAUGAAGCAAUGAUAGAAGUUCAUUCCUGACAUGAAUCAAACCACAAAAGGGGGUGUGAGCCCACUGGUAGACACCUCCAUGUAGUUCUGCUGUAAGCAUUGGAUAGGGGUUUCUGCAGUGUGUGUGUCUUGCAUACCUCCAUGGCUACUGACAGUAUUUUUUUUAAUACUGGUUCUUUUGGGUCCCUGCCUGGUUCUGAGGAAAUUCAGGUCUUGUCCUAAGGUUUUUUCUGUCCUAGGGCCAGCAUAACCCCUGAUCUCAGGCUUUUCUCCCCAAACCCUCUGCAAACCAGAACAUGGGCCUCCAGGGUGCCCAUGAAAUGCAGUAACAGCUGGACCCAAGGCUGUCCCCUUCCUAUUUUUAGGGAAGCAUACUGCCAGAGAAAGCCAGCUAGCUUUCAGCCAUUGGCAAGCAGAGAGGAUAUUGCCCUUUGAUGUGAACUUGGCAUUAACUAGAUCAGCUCUAGGGAAACCUGUGCUAUUACUUUCUUCUUUUGAUAACAGCUCCAGCCCUGAGCAGCACUGAAUGAGCACCAGAUAAAAACACCAGAUUGAGUUUGCCAGCAAGAUCAUGCAGGCUGUAGCCUGUUCGUUUUGCUCUUUCCAAAGAAUCAGGGGAUUCAUCUACUGGCAAAAUAACAGUUUCUAGGCUGAGCCCCAAGGUACAGAAGUAGCUUCCAUUCAGCAUAUGGAAAUUCUCAUUUGAUGCGAUUACUCAUGUUCUCACUCCCAUGCAUACUUACCUGUCUGAACUGGGCCCUGAAUGCAUCCCAGAAAUUACUCAUGGGAAGGGAGUUUUGCCUUCCUUACCGUGCUGAUUUUCACCAGAAACUCAAACACUCAUUCAAGCAAAAAGCAGAAACACACACAGAGACUACAAUAUCCAAGGAAAACAGCAUCAAGACGAAGAGUGGAGGAUUAGUUGGCAAAUCAUGGGCAGCAAUGGCUGAGUGAGGGAACAGCGACCCGCUCACAAAUGCUGCAUGGACAAGUUUCCCCUGGUAAACCAGUCGUCCCAUAUUUCAUGCCCAGCAGCAAGUUUUACCCAAUCCCUUUUGUUUUCCCUCACAUCCCUGCAGCCAGGUCCUGCCUUCCCACCCUGUCUGUGGGGUGCUCUGGUCUCUGUGACACACGUGUGUGUUUGUGUGUGCACAUGCACGUUGUGACCCCAGGGAUCACAGAUCCCUCCACUGGGAGAUCAGGAGUUGGUCCAGGUUUUUGGUCUGACUUUGCACAGUUGGGUCAAAGCUGUGUGAAUAGUGUUUGUAGUGGAGGGCAGGGGCUCUUUAGCCCAGACUCUGGUUUUCAAGACCCCCUUCCCCACCACAAGCAGUACCACUUAUCUGUCCAGGUAGCUUUUUUUUUUACACUCCUCUUCAUAAAUGCUAAGGUCAGUCGAAUGGCUCUUACAGUUUUUCCAUACUCCAGAGUGGAAUCAGGGCAUGUGCAUUGGCAAGCGUUGUGAAAAAACACUGCUGAAUUAGUGAUGACGUCAACUGUCCAAUAAAUGCAUGAUACUGCACUGCAUGUAUUAAAUUGCUGUUCACUGUUUCUGUAUUUCCCGAGCCUUUUCUUUAUGCACAUUCAACCCAAACUUCCCUCUGAGGGAAUUACUUCUAUGUAUUGCUUUUAAAGGACUCAAUGUAUCUGUAACUCGAAUCCAUUGUUAAGUUUAAGUAAAUGCAAAAGCUAAUGUUUUGUAAACAAGAUACUGCAUAGGCUGGUAAUGUAUUUUGUCUUUCUGUUGAAUGCUCUGCAGCAUGUACACGAAGAGUCGCCAUCCAGAGCAGCUUAAAAUUAUGCAGCAGUCACAUAGGUGUAGAAACAGGGAGCUGGGGAGGUGAGAAUCCCUGUUUUAAUGCAACACUUACAAAUUUGAUCUGCAUCAAAAAUUCCUUCCCUGGGUCACUAACGCUCAGAGCUACCAAGAAACAUGGUGUGUCUCUACAUUUUUAUUUUUUCCUUUUGGUUUAUUUUUUCCUAGUGAAAAUUCAGAUUGGUUCAUGCAAUUCUCAGCAUUUUUCUCUUCCUACACAAUAGUUCUUUCUCACCUGUUGCAGAAUGAGCUGCAUUUUGGGGACCCAGAUGCUGUGAUUCUUUGCCUGCACAAAAUAGUGCAGAGACCUGAGCUAAACUAUCCCAUUUUUUCCAAAGCAUCACCACCUAAAUACUACUAUUUAAUCCUUGAACCUCCAAGUAAUACCAUUUAUUAAUGGAAGAGUUUGCUGUGGUACUUUCCCUUCUUCCACGUGGAAACCAUGUCCUUGCCUUCUCUUCCAUUAGUCAUUGACCCAUUUUCAUCUGUGCAGGUCUUUCCAAGGCAGGGUACAGGACUGACUCCAUGGUUCUUAGCUCCAGCCCAAACCUCUUGUGGGCAUCAGCAGGGCUUUGGUCCCAGCUCCUGAGUGGCUGCUGAGCGGAAGAUGCUCGAGUUCCCAACACUCAAAGCAGAGUCACCUGAAAGGCCUGGGAAAUUGCUCUGUGUUCCUGGCAAGGGCACAGCAGGCAGCAGGGCUGGACAGCAAGCACCAUGCUGGUGGCAUAGUCCUUGGAAAUUAUGCUCCGUGGUGGCCAAAAACACCAAGAAGUCUUGAGCCCACCUUCAAGGCUGGUGCUCAGCCAGGGUUGUGCCAUUGCUGAAUCACUAUAUGGCAGCACAAGAAAUCAUCAGUUACAGUUGUAAACUACAAAGCCUGAGUUCAGAUUGCUGAGGCAGCACCUGGUGCAAGGCUCCAUGAGGAGGUGGAUGUGUGCUGUGGUUCCUGGUGGGUGGGAGCUCCUAGGGGGUUGCUUGGAGCAGCUCUGAGCUUUUCCAUCUCUCAUCUUGCAUCCCCUGAGCCCAGCAUAGCAUCAUACAUGCUGAGUCUUAUUAGAUCAAGCAUGACCCCCAAAGUGAAGAGUGUGGAAGGUUGCAGCUCAGUCAGUGCGACUCAUGUUUCUGGUCAGUGCAACAUCAGUGACCUGCUGUACAUUGACCUCUAGUUGAGAAACAAAAUUUUGGUCCAUUUGGGCCUUCUUUUAGAUAGAUAUUUUAUUUGUGUCAGCAAACAGUGAAAAAAAAGCCUGAUCUGCCCAGAAUAGUGACUCCCCAAAUAUCCCCAACUGCAGAACAUCCCUCGGUUGACUUCUAAUGAAAAUGCAAGCAUGUUUUCUACAAAGGCUUAAAUCUUAAUCAAGGAAUGUCAGUGUGCCUAAUAUUGCAGGUCUUGUGAUUGAUACAAGUUCAUAACAGCAUCCAUGUCCAAAAAGAAGGGAGAAUGUGUAUUUACUCCAUGCAUGUAUUAAGGCAUUGCAAAAGUUUUAUCUGCGUAAUGAGUUUGCAGUUCUGCAAAUUGUUAAUGGGGCUACAUCGCAAGUGGUUCUCUGCCUUGACAAUCAUGUAUACAUAUCGAGAUUUCUAUCAUAAUGACAAUUUAAAGGGAUGACUAAUUGUUUUCCUCCAAUAAAUCCAAUUAAAUCA